AAAUAACCCUGCUCGAGAGCAUCCCUCUCAGCAGGCCGUUCAAUUUUGUUGAUUUUUGAGCGCUUUUUGAACGAUAUAUUGCACGAAAUAUUCGUUAAAUUUGCUGGAACGAAAGAAAAUUUGUUGUUAUUCUACGUGAAGUAGAAGUAUUGUGCAGUGAACACCGCUAACAGUGCGACUUGAACGAACUAACUUCUGCGUGACCAUUCCGGUAGGAUGUUUCCUGGCAUCCUUUUCCUUUGUAUUAUCUAGAUAAGACGUCCAAGACCACUGGCAUCCUUGCUAAGUAUUAAACACCACGUGCAUCACAGCAGAAUGGCAAAAUAUACUUCCAAAUCGUACCUUCCCGACGAUUGAUCCAGUAUUUGAAGGUCACGUUCAACUCGAUUAACAUCGUGCUCAUGUUCCGUAACAUUUUCGAAAUUAUCAAUAAAUACCGGAGCACGAACAAAUCUCCCAGCCUCUGAAAACUCGCUCAUUUCAAGAUUAUCAUCUUGGAUAUCAUCAUCGUCGGAAUGGUGCAACCCUUAUUCAAGCGCUCAUAAAACCACCGGAAUCUGGAGAACCUUGUUCUAAAAGUGUAGGAAAAAAAACAAAUCAUCCUUACUACCGAAAACCAGGACGUGGUCAUAAUAAUGACACCUGUGAUGCUUGCAAGGAAGGGGGAGAUUUGAUUUGUUGUGAUCGGUGUCCAUCCAGCUUUCAUCUCAAUUGCCAUGAUCCUCCCCUUGAUGACGGAGACAUUCCUAAUGGACUUUGGAUAUGUCAUACUUGCAAGAUGACAGAAUCAUUGAAAUGUGAACCGCAGCAAGAAUAUCGUUUAGAAUCCACGGAGUCAUUGCAAUUGAAAAUUAAAAAAAUGCGUAACCGUAGUAGUUCUCGUAAAAAUUCCGUAGCCAGUGUCGGACACGAUAAGUCAAAUAAUGUUACCAGGGAAGAAGAUCUAGAAUUAGAAAAUCUUAUGAAACAAGAUACGUCAAAUUUAUCUCCAAUGGAUCAACUAAUUCGUGCAGCUCGAAUUCUCAAUCCACGUCAAUUUGAGUUGCCUCGUGAAAUAAACUCUCAUUUUCCUUUUCCUGGGACAGAAAAACAAGAUUACGUGAGUAAAAAUGGGAAUAGUAAACGAGGAACUAGAGGACGUAAAAUUUACGAGUUAGACGUACAAGGGUUGGUACCUCUACCGGCGAAAACGUGUCAUGCUUGCGGCAAAUCUUGUCGACUAGCACCGCUGAUUGCUUGUGAUUACUGUGAUUUAUUUUUCCACCAGGAUUGUCUUGAUCCCCCUUUAACGGCACUUCCGACUGCCAUGUGGAUGUGUCCGAAUCAUGUCGAACAAUACAUUGAUUGGAAAUUAGUAAAUUCAGUUUCUGCGACAGAGCGCAUGAAAUUGUGGAAUCAUUUCAAUGCAAUUGUUGAUCAGGACAGCGUAAAAAAUGAAUUUUUUCGUAAAGUUUAUCGUUGCAAUCCACCGUUUCGUAUCAAACAAAAACCGAAAUUGCGUGAUCGAAUAGAUGUUCCAGCAAUGGUUCAGUUUCAUUACAGCAAUCCUUCUAAUUUAAUACCAUCUCUACGUGUUUUAUUGCGAACCAAACGAGUAAAAUAUGUUGAUUGCAAAACUUCAGGCUACGAUGAUUUGCAACUAAUUUCCAUGAUAAAUAAGGAGCUUAAGGAAAUAAAAGAUGCAGGUGAGAAAAUAGAAAAACCUGGACAUUUUUCAUUUGAAAACGAUAACCCAAAUUCUGAGAAAAUACAUCAAGAUACAAUUCUAAAAUCAUCUGCAAAAAUUAACACUAGCUCUAAAGUAAAAAAAUUCAAAGCAUUACACACAAGAAAUGUAAAGGUGGAAGAAAAAUCCGAAGAAAUUAAAAAUCAAUUUAGCAAAUUGAAAGAGGUUGAAUUCAAACCGAUAAAAGAAAUUAAUGUCAACGAGUUUAUCAAUGAUGGGACUGAUUUGCAGAAGACAGUAAACGUGGAACUAUCAUGUCUUGACGACUCUCUAAUUAAAAUGUUGGCAUACCAACGACUGCAGCAAAUAAUGGUACAGGACAGCCACAAAAUAGAGAAGGAUUCAAAAACUGAAACAAUGAAAACAAUUGAAAAAAUAAUACAAAAAGACGAUCUUGCCAAGUCCAUGCCAUUACCCAGUCAACUAUUAACUAAGGACGACAUUGAACGUAUUGCUAGAGAAUUCACUAGCCCAAAGAGAGAACAUGAAGGCUCAGAUAAGUAUGCUUCUUUUCCUUGUUCGUCGUUUAAGCUGGAAAUAAAGAACAAAUCGGACGCGAUUUCUCCAAUUGAUGAACAAAAGCAGCUCUCUGGAAAUCUUAGUAAAUGUAUGACAUGUCAGGAUCUUCGUGCACGAGCUGUUAUCACUCCCAUUGCUGCAGGAGUGCAACACAACAAUUUUUAUGAAAAACCCAACUUUUCACAUUCUGUUUACAUGCGAUAUCGUGCAAUAUCAAUAGGAAUUGGACGCGGUAAUGACAUACAAUUAAAUCAGUAUGGUAACUGUCAAUGUAUCUCUGAAAAACAUGCUACGAUCUUCUAUGAUGAGGUAACUAAAAUGUUUGAGCUGCUGAACUAUUCCGAGUUUGGAACAGAAGUUAAUGGACAAUUGUAUUCAUGUGAUUUUACUAUGCAAACCAAACUCGAAGCUUCCGUCGAUUCGGAACAUCCACCAAACAAAAAAACGAAAAAAGAUGAAUAUGACGAUUUGAGUGGGGAUAAACGAAUCGACAAACAGAAAAUUCGAAAAGAUAUGAUAAAGCUAAUUGAUGCCUCACGUCAAAUCAACCGUGAGAAAUACGACUUUUUCUCAAAUGCUAUGAUGACAAACGUUGUGCACCCUACCUGCCACUGCCUAGGAUUGUAUCCAAAAACUAUUGGCUGGGAAGGAACAGCUAUAUUAUACCAAGGAACCCUUUUAAAAUUUGGUUGCAUGUCGUUUGUUUUUUCUAUUACAGAUUACGAUUACAACUCAGAGGAUUUCGCGGAUUCAGAUGGUUCGUCGGGAGAUGACUAAAUCACUAAAAAAAUAUGUAGAAAUGAAAAGUCAAUGACUUCCAUUUGAUUUGUAUAAAUUAAUUCCAUUAUAAAUAUUAUACUCCGGUAA